AUGACCGCAAGAGCUACACUCCAUGCGAAGUUGGGAGGCGCGGCUGCCGUGGCAGCCACGGUCGACAUAUUUUACAAAAAGUUAAUGGGCGACCCGGACCUUGCUCCCUUCUUCCACGGCGUUGACAUGGUCACGCUUAUAGCCAAACAGAACCGUUUCUUGGCCUACGCUUUUGGCGCGACGAGUCACUACCACGGCAAGGACAUCGUCAUGGGCCACGCGCACCUCAUCAUCAACCGGGGCCUUAAUUUGUCGCACUUCGAUAAAGUUGCGGGUCAUUUUGUAGACUCCCUGAAGGAGAUGGGGGUGACGCAGGAGCUCAUUGAUGAUGCGGCGGGGGUGCUCAUUGGAGUUAGACCCCUGUUUGACCCGGAGCGCUAUAAAGGCAAAAUCGAUGUGGAGAAGAUUGAGAAGGCGGCUGUUGUGCCCCAAACCAAGGACACGGAGGGGGUGAAGGAGACACCGGCAUGUUGCACGGUCAUGUAG